AAAGCACUUCACUAUGGUUUGGCUUGUUACGCAAGUCUCUUUUGGUGGUCACGGGAGAUAUCUAUUCUGGAGCUCCUCGAUUAGACCAUAUACACACGGUGGCCCAAUUUGGAAGCUGUUUGCGAAUAACUAACGUACCUCCUUUUUGGAAGCAUGGAGUUGAUGGUUUUUGGUGCCUGGCCUCGUUUGUUUUACAUUUGCCCGCAUUUUCUAGCUCUCGGCCUGUAUCCCUCCCUACCCGCUGUUGACAAGUUUUUAUGCAGACGUUGGACGGGUUUUUACGAGCGCACAGAGACGAGGAAGCCUGGAUUUUGUUAUCCACAGACCAGAGUCGCGAGAUUCUGGCAGGGAAUUAUGUAUAAGAAAUUUUUGUCGUGAGAGUUUCUUGGGGCACACUCUUCUUCGAUACCUGUUUGUAGUUUAGGGAGAUUCAUGCCGGCCGACUCUGG